AUGUACAAGGGCUGUGCAAGAGAAGUGCAAGGGCUGUGUAAGGGAGGUGCAAGGAAGUGCAAGGGCUGUACAAGGUCUGUGCAAGGUCUGUGCAAGGGCUGUACAAGGCCGGUGCAGCGCUGCCAACCCGAAGCUGCGGGGCUUUCGUGCCUCAGUUUCCCCCCUCUCCCCCCGCUCUGUCCCGGGGGUCCCCUGCGUGUCCCCCCCCCCGAGCUGUCCCCGCGGUCCCUCCCCGGGAGGGGGCGUGGCCACACGGGACGGGGCGUGGCCUCAGCCCGAUGGGGGCGUGACUAUGACCGGAAGUGCGUGGGCGUGGCGCUGGCGGCCCUGGCGCGGGGGUGGGCGGGAGCCGCGGCGGCGGCCGAGGGAGGCGGCGGGGGGGGCGCCCGGCCCGGCCCGGCCCCGGUUCCGUCCCCGGUUCCGUCCCGCUUGGGCCAUGCGGCGGCCGUAGCCAUGCAGCGCGCCGAGCUGCGGGAGGGGGAGGCAGCGGCGGCGGCCUCUUACCGGGUGCUCAGCCGCCUGCUGGGUUACGGGGCCGGGCCGGAGGCGGGCGCGGCGGGCGGUGCCGGUACCGGUACCGGCGCGGCGGUUUCGGAGGCGCUGGGCCCCGUGGCGGGGAGGCUGCCGGCCGUGGCGGCCUUACCGGUGCCGGGGACGCUGCGGGGUCCCCGUCCGGCGCCGCAGCUCCUGGUGUUCCGCAACGCGGCGGAGGGGCGGCCCGGGGAGGAGGGCGGCCCGGGGGCGGGGGGCGGCGGCCCGGCUGCCGGCGGUGACCUCUGCCCGCGGCACCGCUGUGCCCUGGAGCCCAAAGCGGCGGCGAGGUGGGGGACCGGGCCCCCGGGAGGGCUGGAGCUGCAGCUGGCGGCCCUGGGGCUGCGGCCGCCCGGGUUGGGUUCCAAGGGGCCCGGGGGCUGCCCCUGCCUCGGGGGUCUCCCCCCCGCCACCGCCACCACCGGGCCCCCCGCCGAGGAGACCAGCGACGCGUUACUGGUGCUGGAAGCUCUGGAACCCGAGGAGAGCGGGAGCUGCUCCGAGGAGGAACCGGGAUCCCCCGGGCGCGGAGCCGCCCGUCCCGCCGGGAGAGGAGCGAGCGGCCCCGCACCGCCCCCCGCAUCGGCCCCCGGGGGAACCGCUCACGGUCCCGGUUCCAGGAAGGGUUCCUUGAAAAUCCGUCUCAGCCGCCUCUUCCGCACCAAGAGCUGCAGCGGUGGCUCCGCUACCGGGGACGCCGUCGCCACCGAGGGCCGACGGGGCGGGGAGCUCCCCGCAUCGGCCGGCAGCCUGACCGACGUCUGCGGGGGCCGCGGCCGGGAGCAGGAGACGGGCAGGAAACACAGACUGACAAGAACUCAAAGUGCCUUUUCCCCCGUUGUGUUCAGCCCCCUCUUCACAGGUGAAACGGUGUCACUGGUGGACGUGGACAUCUCUCAGCGAGGUCUGACCUCCCCUCACCCUCCAACUCCUCCUCCUCCUCCACGAAGAAGCCUCAGCCUCUUAGAUGAUAUCAGUGGGACUUUGCCUCCAUCUGUCCUGGUGGCUCCAAUGGGUUCUUCCCUCCAGUCUUUCCCUCUGCCUCCACCUCCUCCACCCCACGCCCCAGAUGCUUUCCCACGGAUUGUCCCCCUGAGGCCGACGGAGGCGAUGCCCGGGCAGCCCACCCCACACCUCCAGUGUCCUCUCUACCCCCAGGACUCCAGCAGCUUUGCAGCCAGCUUGAGAGAGCUGGAGAAGUGUGGGUGGUACUGGGGACCCAUGAACUGGGAGGAUGCCGAGAUGAAGCUGAAGGGGAAGCCAGAUGGAUCCUUCCUGGUCCGUGACAGUUCUGACCCUCGGUACAUCCUGAGCCUCAGCUUUCGGUCCCAGGGCAUCACCCACCACACCAGGAUGGAGCACUACAGAGGGACCUUCAGCCUCUGGUGCCACCCCAAGUUUGAAGAUCGCUGCCAGUCCGUGGUGGAGUUCAUCAAGAGAGCCAUCAUGCACUCCAAAAAUGGGAAGUUCCUCUACUUCCUGCGUUCCAGGGUUCCAGGUCUCCCUCCAACACCAGUCCAGCUCCUGUAUCCAGUCUCCAGGUUCAGCAAUGUCAAAUCCCUCCAGCACCUUUGUCGCUUUCGGAUCAGGCAGCUGGUCCGGAUCGACCACAUCCCCGAGCUGCCCCUGCCCAAGCCCCUCAUCUCCUACAUCUGCAAGUUCUACUACUAUGACCCCCAGGAGGAGGUGUACCUCUCCCUGAAGGAAGCUCAGCUCAUCUCCAAACAGAAGCAGGAGGCUGAGUCCUCCACGUAGCCACCCUGCCUCCCCAGCCUUGUUGCUGUCACUGAUGGUAGGAAUGUGAUUGUCACCAUCCUGUAGCCCCGGGGGGGCUGUGCUGGGAAGGAGGCACACGAGGGCCAAGCUUCUGCCAGGCCACUUCCUGCUCUCCAGCUCUUUUGUCAGGAGCAGAGGGCUCCAGGCUCCGAGGAACCCAGUGGAACAGGGAACCAGAACCUUGGAGCAAGGGGCUGGGAGCCAGCUGAGCCCAGCUCCUGGACUCCCUGCAGAACAAAGAAUGUCAUGGCACUAUUUACAAGUUUUUGGGUUUUUUGGGGUUUUUUUUUUAGGUUUUUUUUUUUAGAAAGUUUUAUUUUU